GAGGAGACUGCUGGGCUGCGGAGCGCGGUGACUGACUCUCCCUUUGCUCCUUCUAGCUCUUGCUCUGUUCUUCUCCAGCCUUGCUCUCUCCCUCCUCCUUCCCCUCGUCCUGCAUCCCGCCUCCCUCCUCUCCUCCUUUCCAGAGAGCCUUGCCCUAUGGCAGUGGCUGCCUGCAUCUUUGCUGCACCUCCGCUGGCGACCCUCUCGCGCCCUGGGAUGAGCUGGGUCACUGGAUGUUGCUGAAACUCUCAGGAUCAUGCGAGGGCUUGGCUGCUUUCACGCCGGGUGCUGCUGCUGCCGCUGUCGCUGCUCCCGCCGCUGCUGUUGCCGGGGUCCCCGGGAUGCUCAGUAGCUCCGUCCCCGGACCCAGCGAUCCUUUGGUUUUGGGGAGAGCCUUUUUGCAGCUGCAGAGUUGAAUGAACUAGUCAUGGUGCUCUGGGAAUCCCCGCGGCAGUGUAGCAGCUGGACACUUUGCGAUGGCUUUUGCUGGCUGCUGCUGCUACCGGUGAUGUUACUCAUCAUUGCCCGACCCGUGAAACUUGCAGCUUUCCCUACCUCCUUAAGUGACUGUCAAACGCCUACCGGCUGGAACUGUUCUGGUUAUGAUGACAGAGAAAAUGAUCUCUUUCUUUGUGACACCAAUACCUGUAAAUUUGAUGGGGAGUGUUUAAGAAUUGGAGACAGUGUGACUUGUGUCUGUCAGUUCAAGUGUAACAGUGACUAUGUACCCGUGUGUGGUUCCAAUGGGGAUACCUAUCAGAACGAGUGCUACUUGAGACAGGCGGCUUGCAAACAACAGAGUGAAAUACUUGUGGUGUCAGAAGGGUCCUGUGCCACAGAUGCAGGAUCAGGAUCUGGAGAUGGAGUCAAUGAAGGAUCAGGAGAAACCAGCCAAAAAGAGACAUCCACCUGUGACAUUUGUCAGUUUGGUGCCGAGUGUGAUGAAGAUGCAGAAGAUGUUUGGUGCGUGUGCAACAUUGACUGCUCUCAAACCAACUUCAAUCCCCUUUGUGCUUCUGAUGGGAAAUCUUAUGAUAAUGCAUGUCAGAUCAAAGAAGCAUCAUGCCAGAAACAAGAGAAAAUUGAAGUCAUGUCUUUGGGUCGAUGUCAAGAUAAUACAACCACUACCACUAAAUCUGAAGAUGGUCAUUUUGCAAGAACAGAUUAUGCAGAGAAUCCUGACAAAUUAGAAGAAAGUGCCAGAGGACUCUACAUUCCUUGUCCAGAACAUUACAAUGGCUUUUGCCUGCAUGGGAAGUGUGAACAUUCAAUUAAUAUGCUGGAGCCAUCUUGCAGGUGUGAUGCGGGCUAUACUGGACAACACUGUGAAAAAAAGGACUACAGUGUUUUAUACGUUGUUCCUGGUCCUGUACGAUUUCAGUAUGUCUUAAUAGCAGCUGUGAUUGGAACCAUCCAGAUUGCCAUCAUUUGUGUUGUAGUCCUCUGCAUUACAAGGAAAUGUCCCAGAAGCAACAGGAUUCACAGACAGAAGCAAAACACAGGGCACUACAGUUCAGACAACACGACAAGAGCGUCCACAAGGUUAAUUUAAAGAGCGCAUGUUUCCACAAUGGCCAGACUACAGAGAGAGCUUGGACUACACAAUUCAGUAUUAUAGACAAAAGAUUAAGACAAGAGAUCUACACAUGUUGCCUUGCAUUUGUGGUAAUUGACACCAAUGAAAACAUGUACUACAGCUAUAUUUG